AUAGCAAAGACCAUGACAAUAGCUGCAGCUCACAACUGACCCUGGCCGGAGUCCAGUCCAGGAAGCAUGGCUUUUUUGAACGAUGUGACUGAUGCCUUUUGUCUGCCUCACUCUGUUCCCAGCACCAGCUUCUCUCAAUAAAUAUGAGGCAGAGCUGCUGCUUAUUAUUUUGAUAGUACGACCCGUCAAGACGGUAUGACAAGCACCCGCACCCAUCGCCCACCCCUUGCACCAUUGGACCCUUUCACACUGAGACCACAAGUCUCAUGGAAGCAUCAUUACUCGCCAACAAUCAUACCAAUAUACCCAGUCACCGAAUGCCUCCUGAGUCCCGACUCACCUGAGUCACCCGAGUCACCUCUGGCUAUCCGUUCUCGACGCGUCCCCGCACUUAUACAUCGCACACCCCUCGCACACCACCGCGCGCUACAGCUUCAACAACCAAUACAAUGCCGGAGUGCCGAACAGGAUGACAUUGACGAAAUUAUGUGCUUCCUGAAGCGCGUUUCGCGGUGCAUUAUGCAUGUGUACCAGGUGAUCCUGGCAGUUGUAACAUCGAUUUUUCACGCAACGAUUUCCACCGUUCAAUGGUUUGCCGUCGUUGCUUUUGUGAUUGAGGUGAUGAUGAUGAGCACUCCUUCCAUGUGGGGUGAUCAUGGGGGUGGCUUCAUAGGCCCGAUGGUCGAGCAGCUCACAACAGCAACUGCAAAUAGUCACGUGGAGACUACUAUCGCACCACAUGCCCGCGCUAGCGAAGCGACGGUUCUGCACUUCCUAUCUGAACAAAUAGACCAGGCACAUAAUGUGUUAACGUUGGUCGAGGGACUAGGCGACAACGCAUUUUUUGCACAUCAUCAUGCCAAUGUGCAACGCUUUCUGAGCAGGUCCAGAGGCAACCCUCCAUCCGGGGGAAGUAAAACAGAAGUCGAUCUCACUGUCGACUUCAGAGGUCUUGACUCCACUCUCAUCCAGACCCUGUCCCCGCACGGUUUCAUUGGGAGAACAAUCUCCCAUGCCCUAGACGAGGUAUCAUAUCACUCUAAGCGUAGUCAAACGGCCUUUCCUACAAGAAGUGCUGUCUGGGAAUCACGUAUAGAUAGCGUGUACCUACUGGCGUCUUCUAAUCUGCUUCUUGAAUACUCCUCUAUUUUAUCAAAGACGGAGAGCAUUAUACCCGACCUGGGAGCUCUCCAUCACCAGUUAUCACGCAAUCUUCCAGAAGUUCUGACGAACAUGCAACGCCGCCAAGCAAGACGCUCGAUAUGGGGCAUUUUUACCGGUCAAAGACUAAAUCCCAGAGUUGUUGAGGAAGAAAGCCUAGAGGCCUUUGUUGCGGGCUUGGAGACUGUUCUUAUCAACCUGCGACAGCUCAAAGCUUAUCUGGAAUGGAUCACAAACCAACUAAGUCAACGAACUCUCUUAUCAAGCGCCUCAACGGCUUUAUCAUCUGGUAACCGUUCCUGUUCAUCUGCGCUCAGGAAUCUGUUGGAACGUGCAAGCAGAGCCUCAAAGAAAUGGAACAACUGCUGCCGUUGCCCAGACUCUGGCAAGGACUCGCCGACAGCUCCGACAAGGCUGGAAUUUAAUAUCCCUGGCAGUCGUACGCUGCUAAUAGUGAGCUGAUUCAUUAGGCAACAUUGAUAUGUUUUAAUCUUACAUUAUAAUUAUGCUAAUUAUGCAACAGUAUGAUAUCAUUCGGCUAAUGAAG